CCUGUCUCGGAGACUGUAGCAAAUGAAAUGACGAGUCAAGGUGGCGUGAAUGAAACUGCGUGUGCCAUGAUUUUGGCUGUAGGGCGGAUGUUAUAUAUGUUAUGAUUUUGACAGAUAUAAUCCAGAUUAACGUUUAUUGAAUUUAGCGUGUCAGCUAGCUCUCCAAAUUGCUAACUAGACGGUUGUCAGAACUAAGAAUCAUCGUGGCUCUGGACUAUGUUAGAAAGCUAUUGGUGCACAUGCUGAUUAGUAGCUAGCGAGCUAUCGAAGUAAGUUAACGUUAGUCUUUGAAAUAAAUAAAAGCACUGCGAAUUUCUGGUACCCACAUGCUCCGGAUAAACAGGUCUGUAAUUUGCUUGAAUGUAAGCAGCUAACUGGCUAUCUGGGCAAGUUAUGAUGUUUGUAUGGUUGGUCGAACAUCGAUAGCUAACUUCUUAGCUUGUAGAGACGGUUAACUAGCAGACAUCGAAGUUAUAAAUUGGUUGACGUUAGUUGAUUACCUAUUUAGCUAACCUUUCCCGGGAAGGUCAGACCGUGUAACAAGCUCGAUAUCGUAAUUAUACCGUUCUAGCAUUACAUUUUAAAGCAUCAUUUAACAACCCGGCUAAAAGUAACUAACUGGGCACAAUGCAGAGAAGCAUUCCUACAGUGAAGACGGAAGACACUGGAUUUCAUGCGCCGAAAGGAAAAGGAGACACGUUGAUUAACAUUAUCAAAGAGAAUCAUCUGCGGGCCCCGAGUCCUAAUUAUGAUGACGACUCGGAAGCCGAGUCGUACCGAGAUGGGCACACCGAAGAGGUUGACAGGGACACGAGGGUCAGGGCGUACGCCUGGUGCCGGGACUUCCUUUCCGGGACGUGGAAAACCAUUCACGAGACGGAUUUCCAGAUCAGCAUUGUCCGCGGUGGCCUGAGUAACCUGCUGUACCUGUGCAGCCUGCCCGACCACGCGCAGUGCGUCGGUGACGAACCGCGACAGGUGCUGCUGCGCGUGUACGGAGCCAUCCUCCGGGGCGUGGACUCCCUGGUGUCGGAAAGCGUGAUGUUCGCCAUUCUGGCGGAGAGGCAGCUGGGCCCAAACCUCUACGGCGUCUUCCCCGAGGGUCGUCUGGAGCAGUACAUGCCGAGCAAGCACCUGCGGACCGAACAGCUCCGUGACCCGGAGGUGUCGGCGGAGAUCGCUACGAAGGUGGCCCGCUUCCACGGGAUGGCCAUGCCCUUCAACAAGGAGCCCAAGUGGCUGUUAGGGACCAUAGACAGGUACAUGGAGCAAGUUCUGCAGCUGAAGUUUGUCCGGGAUGCUCACGUGAAGAAGUUCAAUAAGUUGAUGAAGUACAACCUGCAGGCAGAGCUGGAAAGCCUACGAACACUGUUAGCAGAGACCCCCUCUCCUGUAGUGUUCUGCCACAACGAUGUACAGGAAGGGAAUAUUCUUAUGCUGGAUGGUGUUGAACAGGACCCCUCUUCGACAGAAAAGCUCAUGCUCAUAGAUUUUGAGUACAGCAGCUAUAAUUUCAGGGGUUUCGACUUCGGCAAUCACUUCUGCGAGUGGGCGUACGACUACACCUACGACAAGUGGCCGUUCUACAAGGAGAACAUGGAGAACUACCCCAGCAGGGAACAGCAGUUGCAUUUCUUCCGGAGCUACCUGGCGGAAAGCGGGGGAUAUGCCGAGAGCAUGACGGUUGAAGACCGAGCGAGGGUCGAGGAGGGGCUGAUCAACGAAAGCAACCGCUACGCUUUGGCCUCUCAUUUCCUGUGGGGUUUGUGGUCCAUCAUCCAGGCGAAAAUGUCUACAAUCGAGUUUGGGUAUAUGGACUACGCUCAGAGUCGAUUUAACGCCUACUUCAAUCAAAAAAAGAUGUUUACGUAAUUUGCCGACAGUCCGUUCCCCCCUCCCCCUCCCCCCAUCUCUAACUCAAAGCAAAAUUAAUUCCGUUUACUGUAACUGGUCAGAGUUAAAGUACCAUCUUUUGUGACAUUCUGAGUUCCCGUUUUCAGAGCACUCUGAACUCUUCUGAUUUUAAUUGGACCAGCAUGCACUUGGAUCCCAAGCAGUGGAGGAAAGGACAAACAGCACUGACCUUUAAAAAGGGCACCUGGGUGGAGAAUACAAAAACCCUGCAUGGGCUAGGCUGAUAAAUUCCAAAGCAACUGUUGGAUGUCGCCAGCUGUCCACAAGAAGACCAGCGCUUAAAAAUACCACAUGUACAUAAAAACAUUUACUGUAACUAAUAGCAUUCACGUUGAUCUAAUUAAUAUCAACGUAUAACCCGAGAUUCUUGUGGGCUAAUACCACACCAAAUAUAUGCUGCAUGCUUUCGUUACCCUCUAUUGUAAUACAAAGAAAGACGUUACUGUUUUUUUUUUCUAACAUUUUCUUGACGCAGAAUUUAUUUAUUGUAUGCUUGCGCAUGUCAAUGUAGAUGGACCAUCAGGAAGAAAACUCAACAGAAAGAAUUUUACCUGGAUUCUUGUUAAAAAUUCACCUGUUAUUCAUAUUUGUGUCUAGUGAUCUCGUUCACUGGUACUUUUUUUUUUCGUAAUUUAACUGCCCGCCAUGUUGUUCUCGCAACGCCGCAAAGCUAAAGGGUCCAAAACUGGCAUCAUCCAAAAGUGUGUUCAUCGGUGUUUUGUGCAUCUUUAUCAUUUAUGUGUGCAAUCUUUGUCUCAUAGCGGCGUGUUUGCAAGGCAUCCUGGGAGCUUCAGACCAGAACCCGUUGGCUGUGCUGUCAACCCUGCGUUCAGGGUUUGAUGGCGUUUUAAAAAUGUUAAUCGUGCUUUGCUUGUUCUUCACCUGUGAUGUUCAAAUCAAAGUUGUUUUCCUGUAUGUACAUUUCACGCUAUCCUGGUGUUAUUUCUUCCACGUGUUUGACCCGCAGGUAGAAUCAUUGAUACAUGAGCAUGGUAGAGAAAAUAUUCCCUUGUAUCAUAUUUUAGUGUCAGAAUAUUCCAGAUUUUCUGGCUUUUUUUGAAAUAUUCUUGUUCACAUAUCUAAGUGAGACAGUUCUCAUGGAGUUUUGAAAAAGCCAGAAAAUAUCGGGAGGCUGUUUUUUUGCGUUUGUUCGAAAGUGCGUUGUUCAAUAUUACUGCAUGGCGUGGGAACCUUACCUGUAAGUACAGGGGUUAAGCUGGCAAAGAUAGUGAACACAGCCAGUAAGAUAGUAGACCCAAAGGACAAGAACGAAAGCCCUCGGCGUAGCAGAUGACCCUCCUCGUCCCCUAAGUUUGCUUAGCGCAGUUCUGGUAGGCGGUACAGGGUGCCCCUGAAAUACACAAGAAAUCUUUUGUUCCAAUUGCAGUCCACCUCCUAAAUCCCAUGAAAAUCAGACCACAAUGAAAUGCCCCAUACUUCCCUCUUGUAGAGUUUUUAAAAACAUUUUUUACACCAUCACCUUUUUUAAAUUCCUUUAUUUAUAUUUUAUCUUUUUGAAUGUUUUUAUACUUUCUCUUUUUCAGCGUCUUUUAAAACUGCUCGGAGGGCCAAAGGCAAUUUUACACUAGUUUGGUAGUAUUCUGUUCCAAUUCUAGUCUCCUUUUGCAUCACCAGAAUGGGGCUAAUGUAUAUUAAUUAGGUUGGGGGGGCCACAAAUGGCUCAACAGUGCUCCACUAAGGCAUUGCCCAACCGGCCUUUUAAAUACGCAUGCAGGCACUGUUUUAUACCGAACGACGUACUUGCUUGUCAUUGCGUGCACGUUCAGAGCACUCGUAUCAGGUUUGCUGGUAAGGGCUAGCGUAGACCUGCAUUGAUACUUUUGUAUAGGGCUUUACUCGGUAGUACACGAUUGGCCUUAUGACGCACAGUGCAAACUGUAAUGGCGUUCUGCACAAAUUGUAGUCGCGAAUGCUGCCCGCCUCGUUAGAAAACUGCAUCUUGUCUAUUUUACCGAGGAGCUUGUUUAGCUAAGAAACCUCAGCAAGCGGGAAGAUUGAACAUAAAAGCCUUUGACCUUCGCUUUGCUGAGGCCCUAAAAUCGCAUUGACUUGGAAAAAAAUUUAUUUUGUAAACAUGAGGCUAUCUGCAAAUAAUUGGGCCAGUUUUGCCGUUUGGAAUUUCAGUUUGGGGUCCCUUUGUCAGUUACUUAUUCGGUAGAUCCAAAAGACGAGCAAGCUUUCCCUCGCUUGUGUCGGUUAGCAUGCGUCAGCAUUUGUUUUAACAAAAAAAAAUUCACUCUGCUGAUUGUGUGUCUGCAUAUUGACCAAGUGAACGUUACGUGUUCAACUAAAAAUUGAUUCCUUCUGAAUGUAGGUUCCCUCACAAUUCCUGCAUUGCAGAUUACAGUUAUUCUGACUUCUUUUUUUGGGGGGGGAGAGAUUUUGUUCUGUAUUUGUAAUAAUAUCAAUGUAACCAUAUGCAAAUUGCCCUCCAGAGUUUAUCUCUGGGCAAGUCUAGUAAAGCACAGUGGUGAUAUAGGGGAGCCCUUGAAGGGUGUGGUUACUGUGGAAUGGGGGUUCUGUUCUUGUGUUUGUGUUUUUGAUCAUGUCUUCUGCAUCUUUAUGCAGUGAGAGAUUAGGAGAUGCCUAGAUUAUAUGGCCUCGACUUUGGGGUAUCUUCUCAAAAUUUGUUCUGUAAAAUUUGGUCUGGCUUAUUUACUAUGACUGAACUAACCUUUCUCUGUUCCAGUAUAUUAACAGUAAACUCAUUUGUGGUACCGCUUGAGCAAAAAUAAUACAUUCAAAUGUCUGAAUAUCACAAAAACUAAAGAAACUUCUCAGAAUAUUUUUCCAUUAAAUGUGACCUCAGGAACCAGAUGAAAGGUCUUGUGUCAGAUUUUUUUUUUUUUUGGCAGUCUCUCAGCUUUAUUAUUUUUUUGUAAGCUUUGAUAGCAAUUUUGUUUUAAUUUUGGUUAAUAAAACUCUGUUUUCUGCAUCUGA